AUGUCAUUUUAUUCUGACCCUCAGUACCUUUUCGACCUCUCUCACCAAUCCAACCCUGGUAAUUCAUGGCCUGGGGAUUCGUGGCCAGAUGAAAUGGUCACCUUAAACGAUAUCAUCAAUCAUACCGAUCCACCAACUCAGCUAGACCCUGAUUUCGACCUCCUCUGGUCCCAAAUAAAUGAAGAAGCCCGGAACUCCGAGGCCGGUUCUUUUGCACUGCCAUCUCUCUCCCCAUCGAACUCCUUUGUUUCGCCACCGCAAGCCAAUCCGCAGCCCUGGACGCCUCCCGAUAUCUAUGAGAUAGGCUAUCAGGACACUAAUGGUGAUUGGCGCUGCAACUACUCGGGAUGCCUCUCCAAUCAGGUCUUUAUGCGGGCCUGCGACCUGCGAAAGCAUUACCGUUCCCAUCAGAAAACCUACUUCUGCAAGGAACUGGACUGUGAGUGGUCCAAAAUUGGGUUUUCGUCGAGCAAGGAUUGUCAGCGGCAUAUGAGGUCUCAUCGGCCAAUGAUCAAAUGCUCUGCAGCGGAGUCACUGGGUUGUACCCGGGUGUUCAGCCGAGUUGGUUUAAUUACGGAUUUAUAG